AUGAUACUAAGCUUUUUCGACCAAUUUGCAAGCCCGACAUACCUAGGAAUUCCUCUAAUUGCCCUAGCAUUAAGCCUACCAUGAAUCCUGUACCCAACCCCGUCAAACCGUUGACUAAACAACCGCCUUCUAACCCUACAAGCCUGAUUUAUCAACCGAUUUACCCAACAACUACUUCUACCACUUAAUAUCGGCGGACACAAAUGAGCAAUACUAUUUGCCUCCUUAAUAAUCUUCUUAAUAACACUAAACCUUCUAGGACUUUUACCAUACACAUUUACACCAACAACCCAAUUAUCUCUAAACAUAGGCCUAGCCGUGCCCUUAUGGCUAGCCACAGUAAUUAUUGGAAUGCGUAACCAACCCACCAUCGCACUAGGCCACCUCCUCCCAGAAGGGACCCCCGCCCCACUGAUCCCAGUCCUAAUCAUCAUCGAAACAAUCAGCCUAUUCAUCCGACCUUUGGCCCUCGGCGUGCGACUUACAGCAAACUUAACAGCAGGCCACUUGCUAAUUCAACUUAUCGCUACCGCCGCCUUUGUACUAUUCCCGAUAAUACCAACGGUGGCCAUCCUUACAUCGACAGUACUCUUCUUAUUAACCCUAUUAGAGGUAGCAGUGGCCAUAAUUCAAGCCUACGUAUUCGUCCUCCUACUAAGCCUGUACCUACAAGAAAACGUCUA